UUUAAACUUUAUGAACUGAGAAAUAAUUGUUUGCGAAGCUAUUUAGCAAACGUUUAAAGAUUUAUGAACAAAAACUGAAAAUAUCUGAAUAUACAAUUGAUAAGCGGGGAUUGAAUCGAACAGCCGGUGCAAACAAUCAAAACAAUCAGAAUUGAAGCUCUCGUGCUCCAGUGACAAGAAAAUAAAAUUUGUAUUAAGGAUCAAUAAUGUUUUUAUAUUUCAUUACUUUCCUACUAACUGUUCUUGCUUAUAUUUUUAUAAGAAGGAAAAGAUAUGAUCUUUCAAAUGAACAUUGCUUGAUAACUGGUGGUACUAGUGGAAUUGGUUUAGCUUUAGCCAUUGAAUGUGCCAAAUUAGGAGCAUCUGUAACAAUUCUGGCUCGUGGAAAGAGUGGCACACCUGGUUUGGACAAGGAAGAAUCUGACUUCACUGAUCCUAAAAAAACUUCUGAUCUCACAAAAAAGAAAAGUCUUGGGACUGCAAAAAAGAUUAUUUCGAGUUACACAAAAAAUAAUGCACAGAAAAUUUUGACAUUUUCAGUUGACAUAACUUCUGAAGAUGCUAAUUUGAAAGAUAUUAUAGCUGAGGCAGAAACAAAUUGUGGUCCAGUCACUUUCCUCUUCAACUGUGCUGGAACAUCUAUUUCUAAAAGGUUUGAAGAUUCUUCAAUUCAAGAUUUCAAAGAUAUGCUAAAUGUGAAUUACCUUGGAAGUGUUAGUGUAACUCAAGCAGUAUUGCCGGCUAUGAAGGAAAGAUGUAAAGGCAAGAUAAUCUUUGUUUCAUCUUUAGCUGGUCUUAUUGGUUUGUAUGGCUAUACAGCUUAUUCAGCUUCAAAAUUUGCUUUAGUGGGAUUAGCAGAAGCUCUUCAAAUGGAGAUGAAACCCUACAAUAUUGGUGUUACUGUCUCUUUUCCACCUGACACUGCUACUCCAGGAUAUGCAGAAGAAAUGAAAACUAAACCUAUUGAAACUGCUAAAAUUUCUGAAAGUGGAGGCUUAUAUGAAGCAGAAAUUGUUGCAAGAAAAACAUUGUAUGACGUACUAGAUAAUAAAUUUAUGUCAUCUGUUGGCCUUGAAGGAUGGAUGUUAUGUGUGGCAUGUAGUGGUACAACUCCAGUCAAUUCAAUUUUUCAAUUGCUAAUACAGGUUGCUACCACAGGUUUAAUGAGACUUGGAUUAUAUAUUUAUCUUUUGCAAUGUGAUCAAACAAUAAAAAAAUGUUUUAAAGAAAGGGAAUUGAAAAAAAAUUGAUUUUCUACUCUACAUAAAUUUGAAAUAUGUUUUGCAAUACAGUGCAUAUUGCAUUGAAAAAAAAAACAUAUUUUAAAUUUAUUAUUUUGACAUUCCCACUCAUCCUAAUAUUUAGUCAUAGAAUGAACCAACAAAUAUUUUAUAUAUCUCACUUUUGUACUAUUUAUAAUGAGUUCGCUUUUGGGUAGCAAUUUCACAAUUGCAAUAUUUAUGUAAAUUGGUGCCUUUACAUUAAAAUACAUCAUCAAAUUCAUAAAUCAAAAGUCCCAUGCAUGUUGUUAACUUUUAUUAAUCAUCUUUUUUCAUUUAUUAUGUUAUUUUUCAUAGCAAAUGCAAUGUAAUUAGGAGUUAUAGUACUUAUUACUCCUUAGCUGUUAAAUUUUUAUUUAUUUUAAAAAAAAAAUUCUCUUACAAAUUGUACUUUCAAUUAUAUACACAUAUAUUGUACUUUCAAAGCUUAUUUGCCAGUAUAGAGUAUUUUGCAUUAUUUUUUCUAGUUUUAUAUUGAUAAAAUGUAAUCUGCUUUGAUGUUUUUUUAAUUGUGUCAGAAAUAUAAUUCUGUAUGUAUACUUGAUUAUAAUGAACAAUACCAUAAUGCUUUGUAAAAAAAUUGUAAAUAAAUUAUUUAAAUUUGUCUUUUA